UCACUGCUUUUAGGCCAUAAACAAAUAAAUGCGACCAACAUCUGAGUCCUGGCUUUCUUCGGGAAAAAAAAAAAAAAAACUGAGUCGUGGCCGCUUAAACACCAAAAUCUUAACCGUCUACCCUAAAUGACAACGUGGCCUGCUCAAUCUAAGCCACGUGUAAUUUACUGUCUGCCCCGGCAGCACAACUACCAAACCCCGAGACGUGUCCACUUCUCUUUGGCUGCGCAUCCGAUUUCCUCCGUAAGUACAUAAAACGAACGAAGACAAUACGUUGAGCUUCGUAUUGUCGAAUUUGCAGAGCAAAAAUGGAGGAUAGAGGAAGCUUGAAGCCUGAGGAAGAAGGCUCCAAGUAUGAGAGCUCGAGCAGUAUCAAAGUGUAUGGCAUGCAAUUCUCUUACGAUGGACAAACCCCACUAUUUGCCGACUUCAAUCUCGAUAUCUCCCCUGGAUCUCGAUGUCUUCUCGUCGGCGCAAACGGAUCUGGGAAAACCACACUGUUGAAGAUCCUAGCAGGAAAGCAUAUGGUUGGCGAAAGAGAUGUUGUGAGGGUGUUGAAUUAUUCGGCUUUUCAUGACACCCAUCUGGUUUGUAGCGGUGAUUUGGCCUAUUUGGGAGGAUCUUGGAGUAAAACUGUUGGUUCUGCUGGAGAGAUUCCGCUCCAGGGGGAUUUCUCUGCUGAGCAUAUGAUAUUUGGAGUGGAAGGGGCUGAUCCUGUUAGAAGAGAUAAGUUGAUUGAGUUACUUGAUAUUGACCUCCAGUGGCGAAUGCAUAAAGUAUCAGAUGGGCAGAGGCGUCGAGUCCAAAUCUGCAUGGGACUUCUUCACCCGUUUAAGGUUCUUUUGCUUGAUGAGGUAACAGUCGACUUAGAUGUUGUUGCUAGGAUGGACUUACUUGAAUUCUUCAAGGAAGAAUGUGAUCAGAGAGGAGCAACAAUUGUAUAUGCAACCCACAUCUUUGAUGGGUUGGAAACAUGGGCAACACAUCUGGCAUACAUCCAAGAUGGUGAUCUGAGGAGAGCGGAGAAGUUAUCAGAGGUUAAUGAGUUAAAGAACUCGGCCAAUCUGCUGUCUGUUGUUGAGUCCUGGCUUCGUUCUGAAAUCAAGCACGAAAAAAAGAAACCCAUCAACCCUCCUUCUCAAAUCCGAAAGACAUCUCCUUUUGGUACUUCUCCUUUUGUCUCAUCUAGACACAUGGCGUACUACCGAUAGUUUCUCCAAAGCUAUUUUUGAUAAAACUCAAAAUUGAAGUCAAAUACGAAAGUGAGAAAGCUUUUUUACUGAUGAAUAAUUUAUUGUAUAAUUUAUAGUUGAUUCAAGAAUGGUGUAAUGUUCAUUUAUGUGUGUAGCAGUAAAUCGGCUCAUAGGUCCUGGCUCCAUGAGGAAGCCCCAAUUUCAGCUUUUGAGUUUCUUGGCGACAGAGAUGCCAAAUGUAACGAAUAUGUUGUACUGAAUUACACUGUUAUCAAUGAAAUAAUCAUGUUUGUUGACAA